AUGUAUGAGGGAACACGAAAAUGCUUAAUAUGCACAAGAUGUUUGUGGGCGAAGAUCAUCAAGAACUCAGCUAUGCAUCCGACAAUGCAAGAUGGCUGUUCAUUUCACUGCAGUCUAUUAUUAAGUUCAUCAUGUCACUCACUGUCAGAAGAUUUCCAUUGCUUACUUGUGUUCACGUUAACAGUUAAAACUAACUAUCGUUACUAA